AUGUGGCCUAUUCCUCAACAUCGUUUGUUGUGUAAGUGGCAUAUUGACAAUAAAAGGCGCAAGAAUCUAAAAAAAAAUUCUGGUUCUCAAAAUGUAAAAGCUUACGUUUAUACAACUCUUCGUGUAUUACUUGAAGAACCAAAUGAAACUCAGUUUGAAGAACUUUUAACUUCUUUUCUUUGUAAAUUAGAAGAGGAACCAGCAUUGCAUAAUUUUAAAACAUACUUUGAGCGUACAUAUGUACAUCGGAGAAAGUUAUGGGCAACUUGCUAUCGACAUCAAGUAAUGCUUAAUACAAAUAUGGUAUUAGAAGCUUUCAAUAAAACUUUAAAACAUGUAUACUUAAAGGGGAAGAAAAAUCAACGCCUAGAUGUGUUACUCUGGCAUUUACUUAAAUCAUUAAUCGGUAAAAACUUUGAACGACUAAUAAAACUUUUCAAUGGUGGAAAAGUUAAUCACUACGUAAAUGCUAUUAAUAGUCGUCAUCGUGCUGCUGCUCAGAUUAAUAUUUCUGGAAUUCAUCAAGUAUCAGAAAUCACUUGGUCUGUAACAUCUGAAACUUUAGAUCAAAAUUACCUGGUUAAGAAACAUGAACCAUGUUCAUGUAAAAUUAUAUGUGUUGCGUGUAAAGUCUGUAUUCAUUUGUUUUCUUGUACGUGUUACGAUUACACAAUAAAAAAAUAA